AUAACUGUUUGGCAUUACAAAUUUAAACUUGGGGUUUACAGGGCUUGUAUUCGUGAAUGAAGUAAAGCUUAAUCUCAAGGUUCGCUUAAGGGACUCUCUGCAUUCAAACAGCCAGAGUUAUGAAUUUCAAGCGAGUUAAAUUUGUGAGGUUUGAAGAUUGGAGUUCAGAGAGAUCUUUCUCCAGUAAUAGUGAGUUACAUGCCGUGCAAACUAGGCCAUCCAUAGCUGCUGUUUUGAGUAGCAUCCGAAGAGGAUUUGAGAUGGGGUCUGAAAGGAUUAAAAGCUUGAAAAAACCAUUAAGCUUUUAUUCUUACAGAGAACAUCCAGAGAAGGAAGUGAAACAUAGGAACAAAACUCUCAACCCACAAGGAGCUUUUCUUCAGAACUGGAACAAGAUAUUUUUGUUAUCAUGUGUGAUUGCUUUGGCCGUGGAUCCAUUGUUCUUUUACAUCCCCGUGGUGGAUGGAAAAAAAUUCUGCCUUAAUUUGGACACAAAAUUGGAAAUUACCGCCUGCGUCCUCCGUACAUUCAUUGAUGUCUUUUACAUAGUUCGCAUAAUCUUUCAGUUCAAAACCGCAUUUGUUGCUCCCCCAUCUCGAGUUCUUGGGAGGGGUGAGUUGAUAGAAGAUCCUUUAAUCAUAGCAAAGAGAUACCUGCACUCAAAUUUCACAAUUGAUGCUCUGGCAAUUCUUCCUCUCCCACAGGUAGUGGUUCUAUUUGUCAUUCCAUUGGUGAAUCAGCCUGUUGCAUUGAUCACAAAGGACUUUUUGAUAUUUGUUAUUUUCUCACAAUAUGUGCCAAGAAUUCUUCGAAUCAUCCCACUCUACAGAGAUGUAACAAGAACUUCUGGCGGAGUUGCUGAAACUGCAUUGGCUGGAGCUGCGUUGAACCUCAUACUCUUUAUGCUAGCCAGUCAUGCAUUUGGAGCCUUUUGGUACUUGUUCUCGAUAGAACGUAGAGAUAGUUGCUGGCGUGAUGCAUGUGAAGCCAGACCUGGAUGCAAUUACAUAAAUUUGUACUGUGAUAAUGCUAACAACAAUGACUUUUUGAAGGAUACUUGUCCUAUUAUCGGACCUGAAGAAAUUAAAAAUUCAACAAUCUUCAACUUUGGGAUUUUUAUUGAUGCUCUUGAAACUGGUGUGGUGGAAUCAAGGGACUUCCCCCAGAAAUUCUUUUACUGCUUUUGGUGGGGUCUGCGUAAUCUCAGUUCUCUGGGCCAAAAUCUCAAGACAAGCCUGUUUGUUGGGGAGAUCAUUUUUGCUGUUUUCAUUUCCAUCACUGGGUUGGUCUUAUUUUCACUUCUUAUAGGCAAUAUGCAGGUAUUGCACCAUCUUGUCCUGUAAACAUGAGACAAAAUACGCCGUUAUUUUCGGUAGUUAUUUUAAUCUUUCUUUUGCUUCUUCUGUCGUUAACCAUUUGAACAUUAUAAGCAUAUGACAUGAAGCCUGGUAUUUUACAC